AGUUCUGCAACUUGCUGGUAGCACAGGCGUCUGAACCAGCCUGCUAUUCUUGUUUUGCGAACUCAAUGUCGCAUCAACUAAAACGACUGCAAAAUGUCCGCCUUGAGCCAAAAGCCAACACCCGUUGAUGAGACUCGGACUACACUCGCUUCGUCCACGAAGGACAGCACUUUGAAUCCGGAUUACACCGCGGAGCAUUUCAAUUUCCAACCAGACCGACUAGGCGUCGGAUUCCAACCCGCCGACCGCUCCUCCCUGACUGCCCGUGAGUCUUUGGAUAACAUUUCCGCGAUUCCCUUCUCCCCGCCUGGGUCAGCGAGAAGCAGCGGAGGGCCUGGAGUGGGAUUAAACUCAAGCGCGGAACGACGCGGUGGCGAUCAUACCAGUGGCCCACUAAUGUUUGCGCCGAUGGCCGGUGCAGCCGGCAGUUGCGCAACCGGCGCGACAGCAGCGUGUACGGAUGCCGUGGCGGGAGCCGCUGCGACACUGUUCCAGACAUCGAAUGGCGUCGUGAGAGAUAAUAAUAGUGCAACAGGAACUGAUUUUCAUCAUCCUGCAAACCCUGGCGGUGCUACGUCCUCAUCGUCGUUUCCGCGGCCUCGCGACGUAAUCACCACCCCAGUUACGACGACCGCUAACAACUCCGCAUUUUACAACCCGCAGUAUUCGCGCGGGAGCGGUGACAGAGGAAAUAAUAACCUGAUGUUCAGCGCAAAUAGGUAUAACGAGCCCGCAACCUCCUCCUCCAGCAGCGUUCGCCGGGCGGGGGCGAGAAGUGGCGGAAUGACUACUUUUGGUGGUAGUACCGGUGGUCCCUCUCCUAUCGCCAGUCUGAAUUAUGCGCGAUCGCCUCUGGACGGAGGGGGCGGUGGAGGUACUAUAUCAACUGUAAAAAUGUCUGGGUCUGGAAGAAUCCAACUUGUCAUGCUAAAUCUGAAGCAUGCAAAAAUCUGUGUUGCAUGAUUGCCAAAAGUCGCCCAGUUUUGACCAAAUCGGGAGGCAGUUUCUCAUGCAGGAUAGGCAUGAGAAAGAUCGCACAGAAUCUGUCAUGCUAGGCCCUGCAUUCCAGACCUCAUGGGUCAUGGAAAAGCUGCAUGACAAGUCGCGCACUCUUCCAGACCCAGACAUUUUUACAUUUGAUAUACUACAGCAGGCAGCCAUCUACUUGCACAUCAAUCGGGUGACAACAACUUCAAUUUGCAGCAUCUGAACACUUCAACGACGUCUUCUUUCCUGAACCGCAGCGUUUUCAACACCAGCAUAGCCGUCGGCUCCCCCGGAAGCACCGAUAUCCUGUGCAAAAGUAUCGUACUCGUAGGAAUUCUUGCAAUCAUGCAUUACAAAUUUUUUUGUGAAGCUAAAUCCGCAUUACAAAUUUUAUUUCUCAUGCUGGGGAAAUUUGUAAUGCAUCUAUACGAGUACGAUACUUUUGUAGUGCAUAACCGAUGCGGUGUUGCAAAAAUGCCGAGAUACGCUCGAGCUGCAGGCGAGAGAACUGGAACGAGAGAGGAACGAGAAAUUGGAAGCAAGAAAACAGAAGAAUGAGGCGGAAGCGGCGCUGCAACAGGAGAAAUCCGCGCACCAAUUGCUGCGCGCUCGGUACUAUGAACUGCAAAAGUAUCGUACUCGUAUAAAUGCAUGGCAAAUUUUCUCAGCAUGAGAAAUAAAAUUUGUAAUGCGUAUUUGACUUAACAAAAAGACUUGUGAUGCAUGAUUGCAAUACGAAUACGAUACUUUUGCAAUGCAUAAAUACGCAGAAUCGGAAAACACGGAUAACGUGCAGCGGAAACACUACGAAAGCCUCAGAAUGGAAAUCCUUAAAGUGGAAAUGAUUUGUGAUGCAUGAAAUGCACGGCAAAAAAGACUGUAUUGCAGAGGACACAAUGAAGACCGACUAUUGUCCUGCUAGGGGUUCUUUCAGAAUUGGGCUGCUGAUUAGCACGAGAGAAGUGCACCCCUUUGCCUACCUAGCAUGACAGACAUGCAGCUUCGAGUGCCCGACUAGAAAUGGCGCUUCAACUGGAGUCGUUUUUUUGCAUUACCACUUUGCGGAUUUCCGAUCUGAGGCUUUCAUAAACACUACGAGGAGCAAAUAAACAGCCUGGAAAAGAAACUUGAUCUUGCGCGGAAGGAACAGCAGCAGACCAGCACGCAGCUGACGUUGAACUCCACAGAGUUGAGCUCUUUGCGCGGCGUAGAGGAAAGACACCAGAAGACGCAAGCGCAGCAGGCAGUUUUGCAGGCGAAGAUCGAGACGCUGCUGCGGGAGAAAGAGGAUUUGCAGGAAAACUCGCAGAAGCUGCAGCUGGAAGUGUAUGUGGAUAUUGUGCUUUUAGAGUGGUUUCGCUUUUCCUCGUGUUGCGAAGAUGAGCUGUGUUUUUUGUCUGCAUAUACCAUAGAUCAACUUGUUGUCUCUUGUUCACACAUGCAGCAUACAAAACAUCAAAGCCUCUAAAAAUAUUUCAACCUCAGUACCUCCCUCGAGCACAAGUUGACACAAGUCGGCUUUGAAGCGAGUCAAUACGAGGGGCGUUGCGACGAUAUCCUGUGCAAAAGUAUCGUACUCGUAUUGCAAUCAUGCAUCACGAAUCUUUCUCUUAAGGUAAAUCAGCAUUACAAAUUUUAUCCCUCAUGCUGAGGAAAUUUGUAAUGCAUUUAUACGAGUACGAUUGUUCUACUUUUGCAAUUCAUAGACGAGAAGACGCAGCGACUGCAGCAAACGGAAGAAACGCUCGCGCGGACGCGAUCGAGAAUAAGUAUUUUGGAGCAGCAGGUGCAGAUGGAACGGGAACGGACGCAGAUGCUGGAGGACAAAAGGGAGAAAGAGUUACUACAGAUGAAGGAGGAGCUCCGGUUGGACUACGAACAGAAAAUCCGGUCGGCGGAGGUGGAAAAAUCGCAUCUCAUGGAGGCCAAGGAGGAAGUAUCAAAUGCAAAAAUGUCUGGGAGAUUUGUCAUGCAGUUUUUCCAAGCGCCCCCACGUCUGGAAUGCAGGGCCUAGCAUCACGGGCUCUGCAGCUCCUUGGUAAUGCGUAUUCUGCAUGAGAAAUGCCCUCUCAGCAUGGCCAGAAGUGGGCACCUUUUGCACGUUAUGCAUCACAGAGCUUUGUAGGAUCCGCAACAAGCAUCACAAGUUCGAAUCCUUCCAGACCCAGACAUAUUUGCAUUUGAUAGGAAGCCCGGAAGCACGAUUUGGAAGCCGCCACGGAAAAAGGGCACCGUAUCCUGUGCAAAAGUAUCGUACUCGUAGUAAUUGCAGUUAUGCAUUACAAAUCUCUUUCUUAAGGCAAAUCCGCAUUACAAAUUUAAUUUGUAAUGCUGACCCAAUUUGUAUUGCAAUUUAUACUAAUACGAUACUUUUGCAAUCCAUACACCGCGUGGAGAAACAACUACUGCUCAGGAUCAAGGUAUCAAUGAGAAUGACGCUUCGGACGUGUUUUUCAUGCCGAUGCCGGUAGGUUUUCCUUUUCUGCAUUGUUUUUGCGCAAUAAAUAUUGCUCGUCUGUCAUGCUCAACAACCUUUCCCGCUACACGAAUUCUGUAUUCAAAACCACUUUGCUCACCAGGACCUCGAACUCCAGCUGGACCACUCCAACCGCGACCGUGCCCGCCUCGAGGAAAGCUUCCGCAACCACGGGAGCCAGGCGCAAACCAAAAUCGAGCAGACAUCGCAGGAACUGAAUGAAAUUGCGAGGCACUACGAGGUUUUGCAGCACGCGCAUACCGAGUUGAAAAAGCAGUUUUCGGAGAACCAGAAGUCUCGUUCCGAAGACGUCACACAGCUGCAGCAAUCGUUGCACGACGUCACCGCGAAGCUGCACACCUUGGAGGAAGAAAAACGGCACAUGGCGAUGCGUGAGCAGGAACUGCAGAGGCACCACUUGGUGGAGCUCGACAUGCGGGGGCAGGAACAGCACCGCCUGCAGAAGGUGAUCGACGAGCGGAGAGUCGAGUAUGAGGAAAAUUUGAAGAAGAUCGAAGAGUCCAGCGAGAUCAUCCGGAAGGAGCUCCAGUCCAAGUGCGGGGAAUUGGACCAAACGCGGCACCAACUGACCGAGGUCGAGAAGGGAAAGGACUUGCUCGUGGUCGACGAAUCGCGGGCGCGGUGGGAUCUGGAACGGAAAUGCGAGAACUUGACCGAGCAGUUCGCAAACAAAGAAAAGGAAAUGCAGGUAGAAGUACUAGGGCAUUCUCUUGAAAAAGGGCAGCGGCUCUGUUUUUAUGGGUGGAUGAUUUUUGUGGCGAUAGCCAGUGAAGUGAUGAAAGUUCUUGCAACGACAACAAAAUAGCUCAAUCACACUACGCCCUUCAGGUCACUAUCGAGGGUCUGAAGGUUCGCUGGGACGUUGAGCGCUCGGAGCUCCGUCAAUUUUACGAGCGGAAGAUCGACUCCUUGCAACAGAAAGUGCAAGAUUUGCGCACCGAGUCGACGGAAGUCCGGAAGAUGAUCGUCGGCGCGGCCGCAGACUUGUACAAUUCCUACUCUUCGGAUUUGAAUCAACUGACGUCCACCGCUGGCGGUGGUGCAACUGGAACUGCCGCGCAGAAUAGCAAUCUCCCUCCGGGUGGAGCAGGUGUUGUUCCGCAGCAUCUCGUCUCACAAUCGCAAGUAAGAGGGAAAAAUAAUUCUCGACCAGUACCAGCCUCUCCCUCCACUCCCUCCGACGCGCCGACGCAGCCACAGGUACAACUCAUGAGCGGAACAGCGGGCCCUUUAUCUAGUAACGCGACGAGCUCCAGAGGAGCAACUGCUGGUGGUGUUCCGCCGCUAGCAGGAGAAGUCAGAGGUGGUGCAAAUAGCUUUUACCAAGAGCCUCCCCGCAACGAGGACCAAAUAAGGAGUGACCAGAUGCGAGUCGUGUUUCGUGGUCCCGGGAGCAGUAGUUCCUCUUCGGCGGGUGGUCGUUAUAACCAGCAGCAAAGGACGGACCAUCGACAGCAGCCGCAGCAAGACGACAACUACCGUCAUGACAUCAAUCGCAGUAGACAAGAUCACGAAGUACCCAACCAGCGAACCCAGCGUCCGGAAGUCCUCGCGCAGCCAGCAAACACCCGGCACGAGAGGUUACUCUCGGGUGACAGCGUUGCUUCCUAUCAACAGCAGCAGCAGCAGUCCAGCAUCGUCCCCGAGCACUGGCGCCGGUCAGUCGAGAUGGCCGCGGGUGGAAGUGAUCGACGACAUCAAAUAAACUACAAGCACAUGUUGACGGCUGAAGAAGCGGAAUCAGCAAGACAGAGUGCGGAGUCAGCGAAGUUUAAGUCGAUGUUUGACCAGAACGAUCAGGCUUUUCAGGAGCGGUUUCAAAAAAUCGUGGACGACAAUGCGUAUUUGAUGGUCAAUCAUCCGCAGCGAACAAGAUGACAGCACAGCUGCUUUUUCGCAAAUAACGGUUUUUUUGAACUGCUCCAAUAAACCGGAACUUUUUCUUGCCCUUUUUGCUCACGUGCAUAGAGACCACGUCCGUGUGACAGACUCGCCUGUAUGUUGUACGAGACCUCUUUUAGUUCUUAAGAACCACUCCCCACGACUGCGUCGCGGGGCAAGGCUGAUUUGAAUUGCUGCUGGGCCAAAUUUGAAGCUAUUGUCUGCAGGUGCUUUCUGAGUGGUUAGUGAAAACAGGAACAGGUAGUCAUAGUGGACGUCGUCCGCGCCCUGUCUCACUAACCAAGCUCCAGGCAGCAGUCACUUAAAUGCCAACAUGAAGCAAAAAAGAGAAAAAGAAAAUCCGACUUCUCGUCCAGGGCAGGGCAUUUACCACAGGCGAAAAAAUGCCUUUCAGAUGCAGA